UGUGUGAAUUGUGGGGCCACGAGCACUCCGCUAUGGCGUCGAGAUGGUCAGGGCAAUUAUCUGUGCAAUGCGUGCGGAUUGUAUCAGAAAAUGAACGGUCAAAAUCGUCCGUUGAUUAAACCGAAACGGCGCUUGCAAUCGUCCAGUCGUCGAACUGGUACUGUGUGCUCCAACUGUCGCACGGUGACCACCACUUUGUGGCGUCGAAACACAAAUGGGGAACCGGUAUGCAAUGCAUGCGGACUGUACUUCAAGUUGCAUAAUACGAGAAAUCGAAACCCAAGAUAA